AUAGGUGAUGCUAUGGUUGGAUCUCGAUCAUGGUUUGGAGGAUUAUUUUCCCGCAAUGGCAAUAAACGUCAGAGUAAUGGUGAAAAGACAUUUGAUUGUACUUUGUCCCCACUUCAGGAAAUACGACUACAAAAGCUUAAGGAACGGGUGAGUGUACCAUUUGAUGAGACUCGACCAGAUCAUCAGGAAGCUCUCGUAGCUCUUUGGCAUAUUUCCUUCCCGGAAACAGAACUUACAGGUCUAGUAUCAGAGCAAUGGAAAGACAUGGGGUGGCAAGGGCCAAACCCUUCAACUGAUUUCAGGGGUUGUGGAUUUGUUUCUCUCGAGAAUCUAUUAUUUUUUGCAAGGACUUAUCCGGCUUCUUUUCAGAGGAUAUUAUUCAAGCAAGAAGGAAUGAGAGCCAUAUGGGAGUACCCAUUUGCUGUUGCAGGCAUCAACAUCUCGUUCAUGUUGACUCAGUUGCUUGAACUGAAUUCAGCAAGACCAAAAUCUCUAGCAGCAAUCAAUUUUGUAAAAAUUCUCUCAGAAGAUGAGGAAGCAUUUGACAUUUUGUACUGUAUAGCAUUUCAGUUGAUGGACGCUCAGUGGCUUGCUAUGGAUGCUUCAUAUAUGCAGUUCAAAGAAGUCCUGGAAGCAACAAGGAUCCAACUCGGGCGGGAACUCGCACUGGAUGAUGUUCGCCGAAUCCAAGAUCUACCUGCUUACAACCUUUUGUACAAGUAGGCUCACAAAUUAAGUUUUGCAACAACAGCAACAAGCUGUAAUGUCCCAGCUAUUGAGUCAUUUUAUGGAUCUUUUUGUCUACAACUGAGCUUUGUAUAGUAUAAUAUCAAACUAGAUACAGUCAAAUCUCUCCCAGUGAAGCUAGUGCAUGAGUUAUUUUUUC